UGUCGGUCGUGUAUUGAUCGGACUGAAGUCGGGCGACGGGCAGUAAUCAAUAAUAUUUUCAUUCGAAGUGAAUAACAGGAACUGCAGUGUCCAUAAUAAUAAAUGAAAUGUGAUAUUAUAGAGUGUUAAAGAUGGAGGAAAACACGAAGAACACCGCAAAGCGCCGAUUUAUUUAUGGAGGUUUUAUUUUAGUUCUGGCAAUAUGCGUCGGGGGAAUCCAUUAUGCUUAUGUCAGAACGCUGUUUGAAAAUGACAAGCAUUUCUUGUACCUGUCGGAUUUGGAGCGUGAGAUGUCACUGCGCACUGAAAUGGGCUUCUACUACUCAUUUUAUAAGACUGUAGUUGAGACCAGACCAUUUCAAGUCGGAAUAUUUAAACUUUUGAUGGACAGAUUGGUGGAGUAUCCCCAUGAAGUAAAUGCGGUUAAUCGUUUCAACAUACAUCCUGAGGUGAUGCUAGGUACACUGUACAGGUAUUACGAACGCUCGCUGAACAACACUGACCACAUAGAGUGCUACACGGUUGUAAGAGACGCUGGCCACGACGCUGUACGUACCUGCAUCGGGAUCGGUGUGCCAAUAUUCUUUUAUCUGGAAGCAGUUUGGUUGUUGGCGGGAGUUUCCGUUGCUGCAAUUUUCAUGCACGCUUGCGUGCUAAGUGACAGUAUCCUCGGUGGUCUAAUGGCGGUGCUGCAAUACUUCGCGAACCACUCGGAAUCCACGCGAGUCCAAUGGGCCCCCAACGAGAGAGAGAACUUUGCGAUGCCCUUCAUCCUCCUGCAGUGCUGGCUGCAGUCGGUACAGCUCAGGAGGAAGAAAACCGCUUUAUUACUUCUUCAGGUGCCGAUACUAUUCCUCAACACAGCCAGUCUCAUAUUCUGGCAGUUCACACCGUACAUAUUUAUGUCGCAGGUCGCCAUUUUCUUUGUGAUGGAGCAAAUGUGUAUAAUAGACAGGAAAACUCUAUCCGUGUUCGUGCACAACCAUAUAUGCAGUUUGCAAGCGGCCGCACUUCUGUUUCAAUGCAACGCUUCGCCGAUGUCGUCACUGCACGCGUGCUAUUUCGGCGUUAUAGCCGUCUAUUCUCUGGUGGGUAAAUACGCGCGGGUAGACGUCCGGAACCGUUACGACUUUAUAACGGAAUGCUUACUCGUUUUUCCGAGGAUUUUUUCGACAACGUUCGUGGCUUUCUACCUGUGGGGCUCUUUGAAGCGUGGAAAACCAGACAAGGACACCCACGUGUGGGACAUUCUGUAUUCCAAGUUCACAGAUCACAAGAGCUUCCAUACUCUCAUUUACACAUGCUCGGAUGUGUUCGACUUCAUGCCGUUGAGCACAAUUAUAAAUAUGUCGAAAACACUGUUGGUGCCCAUCGUUUUGAUAAUUUCCGUUAACGUCGUCGAUUUCUGGAUUAAAGACGCGUACGUGCGCAGCGAGAGCGAGAUGCGUUCUGCCAAUCAGUAUUUGCACAACGGCAUAGACAACAAUAGACGCAAUGCAGCCAACAAUAGACAAGUUAACGUGGCGAAGGACAAAAAAGAUAUACUCAUGGUCUAUGUCAGAAAUUUGAAAAUAGAUCCGGCUGUGUUUUAUAAUCUGGCGAUGAUGGCGGUCUUUGGUCUGAUGGCGGGGCUUGUGAUGAGGCUAAAGCUAUUGCUCACUACGCAGAUGUGCAUAUUGUCGUCGUUGGUCGUGAAGAAAUAUUUCCGUGUACUCCCGAAAUUCAUGUCCAAGUACGUAAAGCCUUACUGGGUGUACGCUAUCAUGAUUAUACCGAUUUUGAGUCAGCUCACAGUGAACGUCACCAAGGACUUAUCGCACGAAGGUGAAUUCAACGAGUACCAGCAAGAGGAGUUGUUGAAAUGGAUCUCUCAGGGACCGAGAGUGAGCGUGUACGCAGGUUCGAUGCCAAUGUCGGCCACAGUGAUGUUGGCAACUCGCAACCCCGUCGUCACUCAUCCGCAUUACGAAGAUACAAACGCCAGAUUACGCGCGUAUACGGUGUACAAAAUGUACGGCAAGUUCACACCUCAGCAUUACUACGAAGAGAUGAAUCGACUGAAAGCCACACAUCUGAUCGUCGAGACCAAAUACUGCUAUGGGAAGAGCGGAAGGGGAUGCACAUUCGAAUACAUAUGGGAUAUAGAUACACCCGCGCUGAAAUCGAACCCGAAACUGUGCCACGUACUACUUACUGAACCUGUGGAGCACUUCUACCAAGUCUUCCGGAAUGAGCAAUACGCUGUCUUCAGAAUCCACGAUUAUGGCGUUCAGUACACCCCACGAACUUUUGCGAUUUAAAUGUCUGAAUCGUCUACACGAGCUAGGAGCUGAAGAAGUUUCUUUUUUAUUUUAAGUAUUUUGUUCAUCGUUCAGCGCUCCGGUACGAUCUUCGAUGUAACCGUCUCACCCCGCACCCCACAGGUUAGCCCGCUAACAUUUUAAACUGCAUCAACACUUACCACUAGAGGAGAUUGCAGUCAAGGGCUAACUUGUAGUAGACUUUCUCGAAUAUGUCUUGAGUUCGGGGUCUCUCCCUCGACGACGGUUUCGCUUGCGCGCCGCUACUCGCAAUGAGUAUAGCAACGAGUAUAUGACUCAUAUAGAGCCUCCUCUUAGGGGAUGUGCUUAUAAACGGGCUAAUUGGGCGGACUAUAUUUACUUCAUUCCAUUCAAAUUGAAUAGACAUUCCAUUCGAACUAUUCGCUUUUUUAAAGGAAUUCUAUCAUCAUUUCGACUGACUAUGUUUUUUUCAUAAGAGUCAUUGCAUAAUUAAAAUACUAUAUGUAGGAAAUGACUUUUGGUGCAAUAGGAAUUGAGUAAUUAUGAUGAGAAAUACACCUGGAUGCAGGGAUGUGGGAAGUGCGAACUUCUUGACUCUUUCGAACUAAUUGAAUCGUUCAAACUAUUCGAUUUUUACGAACUAUUUGAAUCUUUCGAAUUAAUCCGUAUUCGAAUAUCUUGUAAAAUAUUCAAUUCAAUUCCGUUCCAAUGAAAUUCGCACACCCUCACAAAGUAGAUGCAAUCUCUAUAAUAACGGUUUUGUUGACCUGCAUAGCGUAAUAAGCGCUUGUGGGGUCUUAUGACUGGGAGGUGAGGGAAUUUAUAAUUUCUUAAUUUCCUCUGGUCUGGUCUCGUGAGAUACUUUGGCCGUGGUUACCCUACCGGCAAAAUCGUACCACCAAGCAAUUUAGCGUUCCGGUCCGAUAACAGGUUAGCCCGCUACUUUCUUGGAAAGCAUCCUAGCUGAGAUUGCAGUCAAAGGCUAAUUUGCGGUGGAACAAUAAUAAAGGAUUUAAAUCUUUAAAAUCGGGCUUAACUUAUUUGCUACAGUGCCAAUUUUUAGUAUUAUUUAACUUAACCUAAUUAUUUUUUUUAUUUCAAUCGUUAAUAGAAUGCUCGAGAAAUAAUCGAGAAGAUUACUGCAAACUUGAGACAGAGGGCGUUGUGUCUAUUAACUGUCAUUUGUCAUCCGUCUAGGGUUAUUUAUUGCUCUAUGGUUGUCACUUAGUUUGUAUCAAACCUUUAUAUUAUUGUAUGUAUUAUAUGUUUAAUAUGCUAUGUUUACUGUUUUGUGGAAAAUGUAAAUUAUUUUAUCUAAGAUUUAAGCUAAGUUGUUAUAUUUUUUGACAGGGCCUUAAAGGAUGUGAAUCCAAGGCUGUAAAAUAAAAUUAAAAAAAAAAUAUCCAUCGUAGUAAAAACUUAUUAAUAGGGUUUUUGACUUUAUUCAAAAUAUCACUUUUACUAGUGUAAUCCUUGAAAUAUUUAUGUGUCUUUAUGUCUGUGGUAUCGUAGAUUCCGAACGGAUGAACCGAUUUUGGUUUUGUUUGCGGCGCAUUUCAUAUAUUUCACACAACACCGUAAAGAAAAUCAAAUGCAAUGAGGAAGUUGUGAAAAAACGUGUAUCCGCCAUUUUGUAUCGGCGGCCAUCUUGAACCGAUUCUCAUAGAACAUUGCUAAGAACACGCCUUCCAAAUAAUUCUCCAUUCAAACAACAAAAAAAAAAUCAAAAUCGAUUCAUACGUUAUAAAGAAAAUAUUUUCUAUAUAUCAUGUAAUCACAAACGCCAUUGAUUGGUCGACUCUUUGUUUACAGUCUUGUGACGUCGCAAGGCUGUAAACCAUGAGUUUUCGCUAUUUUUAGAAAAUUUAUUACCAGUUAAUCUAAAUUAAAUAAAUAUUCAUAUUCAUUUAAUUCGGACCGGUAACCAUAUGCAAAUGGUUAAAAACGGUUAUUUAUCUGUAAGUGUUAGUAAAAAUUUUAUCCUUACGUCUCUAUGUUGUAGUAGAUAUGUAGGGUUGUUGGUAAAAAAAAAAAAAAAAUCUAAUAUUGUUAUCCCAUAGAUACUUUAAAAUCAUAAUAUUGCGUGACGACGAAGUUUGUCUCUGAUUAUCGGAACGUAAUUUAAGAAAAUAUCUCAUAUUAUAUUUAAAAAUAUUUUUUAAAUCAUUGUUUCUAGUACAAUUAUUUAUUUCAAGUAGGCCUAAAUAUAAUUCCAAUUAGAAAACGAACAUUAAUAUUAACGAAAAAUAUAAGCCGUCUGUCUGUUUGUUCCUCCUAUAAACCCUUAGAACUAUAUUUCAACAAGCGAUAUUUUUUUACAUUUUUAUAGACUUUUGAGCGCGUUUUGGCGCCAUUUUUAUUUAAUUGAAUCGAUUUGUACAGUUUAAUUUAUAAACACUGAACUCGUGCCAAAUUAAGCAUUGUUUAUGAUGAGAAAUACAUCUUGAUGCAGCGAUGUCGGAAGUGCGAACUUCUUGACUCCUUCGAAAUAAUUGACUCUUUCAAACCAUUCGAUUUUUACGAACUAUUUGAAAUUUUCGAACUAUUUGAAUCUUUCGAAUUAAUCCAUAUUCGAAUAUCUUGUAAAAUAUUCAAUCCGAUUCCGUUCCAACGAAAUUCGCACACCGUUACAAAAUAAACAUUGUCUGAUUUCGUUUCAAUUAUUUAAAAAAAAAAAAAUUAUUAAAGAAUGCAUUGUUGUGAUGUUGUCAUAACGAUCCGCUGUUUUAUGAAUUGAAAUAAUAAAUUAAUUUUUUGACAGUUCGUUUGUAGGAAACAUUAAGCGCCCUCUAGGCGGAACUACUUGAUACUUGUAUACCUUUGAACUAAGAACAUACAGAAUUCUCAUUUCGCCAUAAUUGUAUGCAGUGUAGCCAAAACAGUGAAAACCGUACGCCCCGCGCGCACGUCUCACUUUACACCCGCGGAAUGUUGCUAGAUCACGGACUUUUACCCAUUUAAUGGUGAACUUUUAGAACAUCGGAGGUAAAAUAAUUACUGUCAACUGCUAAAUCGUAUGAAGUUACUAACCGUUGGUUCGAAAUAUGAAAAUUAUUAAGAAUGAAUUUAUUAUUGAAAUUCUUUAGAAUGGUUCUAAAGUGUAGUGGUUUUUGAUAGUUCAAUAUUAGUCGCGUACACACACGGUUACUGUAUGUUCUUUAUUCUAUGGUUUCCAUUUCAACUAUCGAAAUAUAAGUGUAAUUAAACUAAAUGGCAUGAAGUUGGACAUUAAUAAGUAUUAAAAAAAAAAUUGUGAUUUCUCUAUAUUAAUAGCCCGACGUUAAUGCGAGGGUGAUGUAUUUUUUGAAAAUCUACAUGUGCUUAAGUAGAUUCGUAGGCUUAUGGCUAAAUAAAAUAUAUUCAAGUC